GUCGGCCAGCAGUGCGUCAUCAGGAUCAGCAGCGUGUGACGAGUUUUGCCUUGACCGGACUGGAUCAGGACAGCGAAGAUGGUGCGAGUGACGCUCAAGAACUUGCAGCAAAAGACGUUCACCCUCGAACUCGAGCCGAGUCAGACGAUCCUCGAUCUCAAGCAGAAAAUUGAGAGCGAUCAAGGCCAUGCCGUCGCUCUUCAGAAGAUCAUCUUCUCCGGCAAGGUGCUCGCAGAUGACAAGACGAUUGGUGAUUGCAACAUCAAGGAGAAGGAUUUCAUGGUUCUCAUGGUCAACAAGCCAAAAGCAAGCGCUGCGCCUGCUGUAGCGAACCUGCCAGCCGCAAGUGCGCCCGCCGCGUCAGCCAGCGCGCCAGCUCCCACCGCCACGCCCGCCACAGCGACGCCUGCAUCUGCUGCCGCGCCGGAGCCAACAGCAGCAGCGAGUACAGCGUCUGCUCCUGCUACGCCUGCUGCUACUGCAUCAGCAGACGCAACCACUGCAAGCGCAGAAACAGCGCCAGCCGCGUCAGACGAUCCUACUGCUUUCCUUACUGGCGCAAGACUCGAGGCGUCCAUCGCAGAGAUGGUCAGCAUGGGAUUCCCCAGAGAAGACUGCCAGAGAGCUAUGCGUGCGAGCUAUAACAAUCCUCAUCGCGCCGUCGAAUACCUCAUGAACGGCAUUCCAGCUGAAGCGCAGACCGCACCUCCUCGCGCUGUUCCUGCUGCUACCACGGGCGCAACGCCUGCAGCAGCGACGACGACGACAGAAACGGCAGCGACACCUGCAGCUCCUGUGCCCGCGCCCACGACCGGGCAGCCAAUGAAUCUGUUCGAUGCCGCUCGACAGGCCGCUCAGAAUCCCGCACCAGCUGCUGCAACCGGUGGUGCCGCGCGGCCAGGCGCAACUGAAGCGGGACUAGAUGCACUACGCCGCGAGCCCGCUUUUGAGCAAUUGCGUACGCUCGUCCAGCAAAAUCCGGCACUAUUACAGCCCUUCUUACAACAACUCGCACAGACCAACCCACGCUUGCUCGGCAUCAUUCAACAGAACCAAGAAGCCUUUUUGCAGUUCCUGGGUGAAGGCGCAGAGGGAGAGGGAGACUUCGGGUUUGAGGGAGAUGACGGCCAGGAGGGUAUGCAGCACGUUCAAGUUAGCGCAGAUGAGGCACAGGCGAUCGAUAGACUCUGCGAGCUCGGCUUCGAUCGUCAAAACGUCAUUCAGGCUUUCCUGGCCUGUGAUCGCAAUGAAGAGAUGGCGGCAAACUUUCUCUUUGAGAAUCAAGGUGAUGACUGAUCACAAUGACAUGACUGUUCUGCGUCUGCUCAAUGCAUGUCGCGUACGUACAGCUGGGGCAUCGUCGCAAAGUAUACGCGAGGAUAAGUGCACGUCUGUCAAGUCUGCAUCUAUUGAGGCUUAUGUUCAGCUACCGUAUCACUCAUCUUUGGUUUGCUCAGUGGCAGGCGCGAGAGCUGCUGCAGUCGCCACACGGACAAGAACGGCAUCUCUAACCUCUACAGCGCCUGGAGACCCAAUACGCAUCUUGAGGCAUUGUUAGCGAGCCCUUGAUCGAUGUAUACUGAAAUCAGCGAGAGCUCGAGCCAUCUCCAGCUGAGAGUCGAUAGCAUGAGCACUGCCCGGCGG